AUGCACCGAUUCGCCACCGUGACAGCGACGGGACUUUUCCCCUCGACCGCUGCUGGGCAUGUCUGGCAGAACGUGAUACCAACACAAGCACAGAACGAACCCCUGCUGAUGCACGGCUUGUUGGCCCUCUCUGGCAUGGAUCUCGCUCAGUUCGACGGCGAGAUGCGAGGCACAUAUCGAACCCGAGCAUUACACCAUCAACAGAUCGGCCUCACCAUAUUCCAAGAAAUGUUGGCGCAGGACUCUGCCGCUCAGAUCCACACCAUCUUCCCGUUCUCCCUGAUGCUAAUAAUUCUGGCAUAUGCAUCUGUCCACUCGGAAAACGUUGAAUGGUCUGUCGACGCGAUCCUCGAUCUGUUUGCGCUGUAUAGAGGACCGCGGAUGCUAGCGAUGAGCAACUGGAAAGCCAUCGCAGGAAGUGAGAUGCUGGCGCUUCUUCGACCUGGAGACGCAGCGAAAGAAGCAGAUGGGCCUUCCGAGCCGGUGCAAGCAGCGCUCCAACAAUUACAAAGUUAUCCUAGCGAUGAGGUUUCCAGGACUGCCGUCAAGCUGCUCGCAGAUGCCAUCGAGAUAUCUGCAAGCAGUUUUGACAUGAGAGUCAUUGGCAGGUGGCCAUCAAUGCUGUCAGAGGAAUUCUUCGUUCGCCUGCGAGAACAUCAGCCUGAGGCUCUCGUCAUAUUGUCUUACUACAGCAUUGCGCUUGCUGCAUUCAGAGAUCGAUGGUGGGUGGGCUCGUGGGAUAAGAAGCUGGUGUCGGCUGUCGCGCGAGAGCUGCCGGAGGAGGAACAGAAGGAGUAUGGCUGGCAUGCUGAUGCCCUAGAACUUGUGCUGGACAGGCACGCCAGUGCAUCACAGCGAUUGUAA